AUGGCGUCUCAAGAUGAGAAAAGUCCUGUUGCGACAACCUCCACGAGCUCAGCUACAGGAGGAAAAAGUCAUCAGUUUCAUGAGAUGGCCACAAUUCAAGAUGACGAUGAGCGAUUGCUCGCUCAGAUUGGCUAUAAUCAGGAUAUGAGCCGGCAUUUCAACCAAUGGUCCAUUCUAUCAUACGCUGUCUCCGUGCUUGGUGUUUUAGGAUCCGUUCCUGCUACGUACGGGACUCCCCUCAGCCUCGGUGGCCCGGCAGCUGCUGUAUGGGCAUGGUUCAUUGGGUCAAUAAUGGCUUCAUUUACAUCAGCGUCAGUUUCCGAACUCGUUUCCGCUUACCCAACUGCUGGUGGCAUGUACUUUGUGACCAAAAGCGUCGUCCCUCCUGAGCAUGCAGCGUUGUGGGCCUGGGUUAUUGGAUGGCUUAAUCUUUUAGGACAAGGAGCUGGAGUUGCUAGUGUCUCUUACACUAUAAGCCAAAUGAUUUUCGCUGGGGCAAGCAUGAACUCAAAAUACGACAGCGUGAUGGGAGCAUACGCUUAUACACCGUACAAGAUCUCACUAUCUAUUCAACUUCUCAUCACAUUGCUAACCUCAAUCAGAACCCCGCUACAAAUCGUCCUCUUAACUAUAGUAUUUUUGGUCUUCUUUGGAGUGAUUUGCUCCCUGACAACCAAAAAGCUGCAUGAAAUCGAGCUCUGGUUCGGACCCAUCAAUAUUCUCGGUUCACUUGCCAUCUGUAUCGCACUUCUCGCUCUCACCCCCGACAAACAGAACGCGAAAUGGGUCUUUGGGCAUUUUAUCGAUGGUUCUGGUUGGGGAACCGGCUUCUCAUUUCUCCUCAGCUUCCUCUCCGUGGCAUGGGUCAUGACCGACUACGACAGCACAACUCACAUGUCGGAGGAAACCCAUGAUGCAGCCACUCGAGGCCCGAGAGCAAUCAGAUGGUCUGUCACUAUUACGGGCAUUGUCGGGUGGCUCAUGACAAUCACGUUUUGCUUCUGUAUCGACGAUCUAGAUGCCGUGGUGAAAAGUCCGACUGGACUUCCCGCUGCGCAGAUCUUCUUGAACGCGGGCGGCAGGAAGGGUGGCACAGCGAUGUGGUUCUUCGUGAUACUCGUCCAGGCCUUUACUGGCGCCUCUGCUAUGAUGGCUAUGACCCGGAUGACCUAUGCCUUUGCCCGCGAUGGAGCCAUUCCGUUUUCCCGCUUCUUUUCCAAAAUCAAUCAACAUACCAGGACUCCUGUCAACGCAGUCUGGCUUUGCGUCGGCUUUUGUAGCUGCAUGACACUCAUUGGCAUCGGAUCCACAUUAACUAUAGUCGCCAUCUUCAACAUCACUGCGCCGGCCCUUGACUUUUCGUACGCGCUCGUGAUAUUAGCACGCAAUAUCUACGCCAACCGUAUUCAAUUCGUCCCCGGUCCGUAUCAACUUGGUUUGUGGCAGAAGCCCAUUAAUGCCAUUACAUGCACUUGGGUGUUUUUCAUUAGCAUUGUUCUACUGUUCCCCACAAUUAGACCAAUUACGGCGUUGAAUAUGAACUAUGCGUCCGCCGUGGCGGCUUUCAUUGCUGUGUUCAGUUUGGGAUGGUGGUUUGCUGGUGCGAGGAGGACGUAUACUGGUCCUAGGACAAAAGAGUUACUUAUUCAAGUCAACAAUGAAGAAGGAAGUGCAGGUGAGGAGGGGGUGGAGGAAGACAAUGUGUCUUCUUGA